AUGCCUCUUUCUCUUCUUCCUUCACCAUCACUUUCGCCUAAAAAAGAAACAAAAUUUAGGCAAAACAACCCUUUAAUCUUUGAUGCAUACUCUCUUCAAAACAAAACCAACAUUCCCCAACAAUUCGUGUGGCCAGAGGACGAAAAGCCGUGUCAGGAACCACCAACGCCGCAACUUCAUGUUCCUCCAAUUGACCUUAAGGGAUUCCUCUUAGGUGAACCACAUUCAAUGUCCAUUACAACCCGGCUCGUUGACUUAGCUUGUCGAAAGCAUGGGUUUUUUCAAGUAGUUAACCAUGGUAUUGAUUCAAAAUUGAUAAAUGAAGCCCACAAGAUCAUGGAUCAAUUCUUUGGAAUGUCACUUUUGGAGAAGCAAAGGGCACAAAGAAAAGUCGGCGAGUCUUGUGGAUAUGCUAGUAGUUUCACUAAUAGAUUCUCAUCCAAACUUCCAUGGAAAGAGACACUUUCAUUAAGGUAUUCGACAGAUCCACAAUGUUCAAACUUAGUUCAAGACUACUUCUUGAAUGUGAUGGGAGAAGAUUAUAGCCAUUUCGGGAAAAUUUUCCAAGAAUAUUGUGAAGCUAUGAACAAACUCUCUCUUCGUAUCAUGGAGCUACUAGGAAUGAGCCUAGGAAUUGGUGAAUCACAUUUUAGGGAUUUCUAUGAAGAAAAUGAUUCGAUAAUGAGAUUAAAUUACUACCCGCCAUGCAAACAACCCGAUCAAACACUUGGUACCGGUCCUCAUUGUGAUCCAACAUCUCUAACCAUUCUUCAUCAAGAUAAUGUUGGGGGGCUUGAAGUUUUUGUCGACGAAAAAUGGUACUCCAUACCUCCAUCUUCGGACGCUCUAGUCAUCAAUAUUGGAGAUACAUUCAUGGCAUUAUCAAAUGGAUUGUAUAAGAGUUGCUUACAUAGAGCGGUUGUCAACAGCCAUACGCCAAGAAAAUCUCUUGCGUUUUUUCUAUCUCCUAGAAUGGACAAAAUCGUCUGCCCACCGAAUGCAUUACUAAAGGACGCCAAUAACACGAGAAUAUAUCCAGAUUUUACAUGGUCGACUUUCCUAGAGUUCACUCAGAAACAUUAUCGAGCAGACAUGAACACCCUCGAAGCCUUUUCUAAUUGGCUUCAGAAUGAAAGAAAAUCAUGA